AACAAAGGGUUCCGCGCGCCAACCGGACCAAAAUAUUUUCAAGCCCUACCCGCCGAUCUACUCCCGCCGCCGACAACAAAAAUUCCCGAUUCCUAACACCGGGGGAAAACAGAGACGGCCAGACGGGUACUCGGAGAAAUUGGGGGCAAAAAAUGUCUCUGGUGUUUCGAAGACUGAGGCAAAUUUCUAGGGUUUCCCCCUGCGUUCACUCGGGUAAUCGUUAUAUACAAUUUAGACCAGAUAAGGACUUAUUUGAUUCCCGUUGGAAUUCUUUGCCUGGUCCAUGGCAAAACAUCAAGAGAAGUUUUACGGACAGAGGUUGUUUUGUGAAGAGGUUCUCGACUGCUUCGGAAACAUCACACGAGUUGUUUCCUGAAGAUAAUUUACUGUCCUUUAUUGAAUCUACCAUGAAUGACGUGGAAGGCCCUCAUCAUUUCUGGAUGAAUAAAGUAGAGGAUAGCAAGGACUUUUGCAGGAAAAAUGGAGUCUUAGUUCUUUUUGGUGCAUUCCUGGAGGAACCUUUAGUACGAGGCAACAACUCCGCUGUUAUGUUUGAGAAAGUAAAAUCACUUCAGCAGAGGUAUCCCACACUACAUGUUAUAGGUUUUCAGUUCAGCAGUUCAAUUUUCUCUGAUGCUGUUCGUACUCAAUUCGUCCAGAUUGCCAUGAAACACUAUAUUACUUUUCCUGUACUGUUGUCCAACAAGAUCUUUACAGAGAUGACAGAUGGGGCAUGUUUCGGUUUAUUUAAAGGCUUCAAGAGUCCUUUCACUUACUACGAGAGGGAUGUGAACCUUGUAACUAUUGACAAAGCCAUCAAAGAGUUAAUGCAUGGAGAGAAUCAUGAAAAAAUGAACAACGUGAAAAGCCCUUGGGCGAAGCAAAUUGAAGUCAUUAAGGAACCACAUGUUUGUGCUUUCUUGCGCAACUUACUUCUUUACUCUCCAGGCUGCAUCUCUGUUGAUGAAAUGGGCAACCGCUUGUUCCUCUCUGAUACAAAUCACCACCGUAUCAUCGUAUUCGAUGGCAAUGGAAAGAUUUUAGACUGUAUUGGUUCUUCCCCAGGCUUUGAGGAUGGAGAAUUUGAAUCUGCCAAAUUAAUGUGCCCUGCUGCUUCUUUCUAUAAUGCGGCUGAGGGUUGCCUAUAUUUUGUGGACUCGGAGAACCAUGCUGUCAGGAGAGCUGAUAUGGUGAAGAGGGUUUUGGAGACACUCUAUCCAACAUCCAAUGCUACGAAGGAAGGGAAUAGUCUCUGGAGCUGGAUCACGAGUAAUCUUUGGAUGAAAAGAAAUGUUGACACAAAGUCUGAGUAUUUGAAUUCAGAAUCAUUUUUGUUUCCUUGGCAUCUGAUCAAAUCGUCCGAUAAUGACCUCAUUAUUGCUAACCGAAGCUUUGAAACCUUAUGGAUUAUAGAUUUGGCUUCCGGGGUGAUCAAAGAAGUGGUCAAAGGAUUUCCAAAGAUUGUGGAGAUCUGCGGACAGUUGAUCCUGGAGAAAUCAUCACUUUUGAAGCAGAUACCAGGUGAUUGGCUGCAGCAACUAGUUGGUACUAAUAGUCCACAUGAGGGUGCUAUGUACGCUGGCAUUAUGUCUUCUUUAGCAACAUUUGAGGAUCAUAUAGCUAUUUGUGAUACAGUUGGUCAGAGGGUCUUAAAACUUAAUAGAGAAUCUGGAUGUAUCUCCAGCUUCCACUUCUCAAACUUUGGUAUCCUUGGACUUCCUUAUUGGGUGUCAUCCUCUUUGGAGAGAGUUUAUGCUGUUGGUGAAGUAUUGGCAGAAGGUCACUUUGAUCAUGUUCAGUGUUUCCGUUUUUUGCCAGGACGAAUUGACUUACAGUUGAAUAUUGAUAUUCCUGAAGAUACUGAGCUUGUUGAACCAUUACAAGAAGGUUGUGUAUGGCGCCAGGUAAGAGGGGCAGCUAUUGAAGUCUCAGGAGCAGAGAGGAAAGCGGCAUCCUUAGAGAAGGUUGGUGUGUCGCAGCAGUGGUAUGAUGAGUUGGAUAACCUAGCCUUUUCAGAACCAGAAUCAGAACUGAGUGCUGAAGAGGAAAGCACUUCUGAUGUUAACUUACAGGAACAUGGAGUUUGCGUCGAUUGUGCAAUUAAUACAAGUCCUGGAAGAAGUGAGGUUAUCAUUUAUGCGGCACUUUAUCUCAAAAUGAAACAACAUCCAGAUUCCAGUGAGGUCCAUGGUAAGGAGAGAAAAGCUGCUAGGAUUGCUGAUAUUCUGAACCAUAGGAGAGCUGAAAGGUGGGGAAAGGACCAGUGCGUUCAAUUUUUGAUGAAAUCAGACAGAAGUAUGGAAGAACUAGUAUUCAUGAAACCUCUACGUGUGAAGCUAAAGAUUGAAUGUCUUGACCACCCAAAGAUAAACGAUACAAAAGACUUCAUUUUAACAGAUUCCUCCAUUGAUGUCAGUGUAUCUCUUAACUAAAUCACAAUGCCCGGUGACGGCUCAGCCAUGCGCAAGAUGACAUUGUUCAGCAUUAAUGAUUACAGUUCUGUAAGAAAGCUGUUCUUUUCUGAGACCAGAGUUGAUGUUUAUGUUUGGCAGUACAGGUAUAGUUAGGCAAUUCUCAUUUUCCCUCCCUUCAACUUCGCUUUUCGCGGAAUAUUCAUUUACAGUGCUGUUGCCGUAACAAGGGAACGGUUUUGCUCUGUUAUCAACUGCGGGGAUGGGUUGAAUUUAUGCAUCCACAAAGAAAAAGAAAAACCUGUAUCUAUUGCGCGCAUGCCCCCGUCAUUGGAGGAUGUAACUAACUUGUAUGGAUGAGGGGGGAAUUCAAUUUGUAUACAAAUUUAACUCUAGGAGUUGGCACAGUGGUAGUAGUUACUAAAUACUAAGGGAAGAAUUUGAUCUGGAAUUUAUUUCAUCUGCGUACUCUCAGUUUUUUUGUUGGGUCGAUGUAUAUGACGUUUUGUCUCGGCAUUGAGAAAUUGAUUUUUUAAAUUAGGCUCUA